GCAAAGAGUGUUUAUUGUGGAUUUUUAGUACGGAGAAAACUACAGCCAAGCUGACCAGAAAGACUGGAAUUUCAUCUAUCUCUCCCCCCCACUUCCCCCCUCCCGCCCCGUCUUUCUCUCUGUCGUCCACUCAUUGGAUUUCUUCCUCUGCCAGCCUUUUAAACCAGGGAUUACUGGGUCAGUGACAUGCAUUAUUCCUUUUACUCUAGCAUGAUCUCAUGUUCAGCCUCCUGGAGAAACACUGCUACCUGAUUAACAAACCUUAAAAGUACUCUGAGAACACAUUCAUCAUUUUGUCAGGCUUGACCAAUGAAUUUUAUAAAAACCCAAGGAUAUUUUGAAAGGCCCCUGUCCAAAUUUCAGUCAAGGGGUGCAUCUUAAUAGAAAACAUGUGAUACGUUGUUACCUGCGAAUAACAUUUUGGUCCUUCAUUACAUGGUGAAAAUCUGCUGGUGGAGAAAGAGACGACUUGUUUUGUUAAGAACAUUUUCACUGGUGGAAAAGAGCUGGCAUCCCCUCACACUAUGAAGCCCUUUGAGAAAAGCUGGUUGUUUCUACUGCUGCCUGUUGUACUAAGAGUUGACUGCUCCUCCUUUAUUAGCGUCAACCUUGGUAUGAAAGUGAUGAAGGGACAGUCUGUCUUCCUGUCAGAAGAUGACCUCAAGUUUUCCAUCCCCAGAGAGGAGGAUGCCUGCAAAAUAGAAGUUGUGAUUAAUGAGCCAAUAACACAGAGGGUUGGGACACUGACUCCACAGGUUUUUGACUGUCACUUCCUUCCUAAUGAAGUCAAAUAUACCCACAAUGGCUGUCCGAUUUUAGAUGAAGACACGGUCAUGCUUAGGCUAUACAGGUUUACAGAAACUGAAACGUUUGUAGAAACAUUCACCCUCCAUGUGCAGCUACUUGAGCCAGACUGUAACAUCAUCAAAAUGCGCUCCCGUGCCCUGGAGGUCCCUGAGUACUAUGGUCUGUCCAGCGUGAUUGACAAGAAUGUCCUCACUUUUGACUAUGACAGGAAGAUAAAUCUGGAUUGCACCAUUUCCAUAGCCUCUUUGGAAACGCACCUGCCUGCUCAUGGCCAGCUCAUCACCAGGGAAGCACAGCCAGAGCAGCUUCAUGGAGAUCAGCCACAGAGCUUCUUCCCUGGCCCUAACCGCAGCCUGGGCCAGCAGUGCGGAAACGGGAGCUGCGUGCUGGGACCAGGAGUCAUUCACAACACAAAAAUGAGCUGCGAAGAAUUUCUGAGGAUGGGGAUUCGAUAUCAGCACCUUGACCCUCCCUCGCCUGACACUGAUUAUAUUCCAGUGAGGCUGGAUCUCACAGACAGCAGAAGCAAAACUCUGCACAAGACUGAGUAUGCAUGGCUCCCUGUUCAGAUUAAAGGUGCUAUUCCCAAUCAAAUACCCAAAGCUGCCCCAAUGGCAAAGUUCAUCUUGGAAGUAGAUCAAUUUAUUUUAACCCCCCUUACAACUACAACCAUUGAUGCCGAAGACAGCGAAACUCCAAAAUCCCUGCUUGUAUUCAACAUUACGAAGCCACCUCUGCACGGCUUCAUCACUCAUCUGUCUGACCAUACAAAAGCUGUUGGUUCCUUCACAUGGAAGGAUCUCAGUGACACGCUUAUUGCUUACCAGCCUCCAAAUAACAGCCAUACAGAGAGGAGGAAUUAUGAGGUGGAAUUUGAGGUUCAUGACUUCUACUUUGAAAGGAGUUUACCGAUCACUGUGCAUCUUUCUAUCAGAACAACAGAUACAAAUGCUCCUCGGGUUUCAUGGAAUACAGGCCUCAACAUCCUGGAAGGGCAAUCCCGACCGAUCACAUGGCAACACUUCCAAAUUGUAGACAAUGAUGACAUCCAAAAUGUUCGCUUGGUCAUAGUUGACGGCUUACAGCAUGGGCGGAUCACAGUGAGAGGAGGGAAAGGAUUCAUUUUCACAGUCUCUGACAUUCAGGCUGGAGUUGUUCACUACCAUCAUGAUGACAGUGAUUCUACUAAGGACUUUGUGGUAUUUAGGAUUUUCGAUGGCCUCCACAGUAUUCGCCAUAAGUUUCCAAUCAAUAUCCUCCCUAAAGAUGACAGCCCUCCAUUUCUUAUCAGCAAUAUGGUCAUUGAAGUUUAUGAGGGACAGACAAUCCUGAUUCAGGGCUCCAUGCUCCAUGCUUCUGACAUGGAUUCCAGUGAUGAUUACAUACUAUUCAAUAUUACCAAGCCACCACAGGCUGGAGAAAUCAUGAAGAAACCAGGACCAAACUUGAUAGGGUAUUCUGUCAGCAGUUUUCUUCAGAGGGAUCUAUUUAAUGGAAUAAUUUAUUAUCAUCAUUUGGGAGGAGAAAUAUUUGAAGAUUCCCUUGAAUUUGUGCUGUGUGAUAGCCAUGACCCUCCCAAUCUCUCAAAGCCACAGGUGAUGAUGGUGCACAUUAUCCCUGUGGAUGACCAGCUACCCAGAGAAGCCCCAGGUGUGAUCCGUCACCUGGUUGUUAAGGAGACUGAGAUUGCUCACCUAACUAAGAAACAUCUCCAUUUCAUAGACGUGGAAGAGCAAGACAGGGAACUCACAUACACCAUAACUACUUCCCCAUUUUUCUCUUGCAUGCAUGGCCACUCAGAUGCUGGGAAGCUGUUUAUGGUGGACACCAUCCCCAAGCUGGUCAAGGAUCCUGCUGCUCUUGCACUGUGGUCAUUUACUCAGCAUGCUGUGAACUAUAUGAAAGUUGCCUACAUGCCGCCACUGCAGGACAUCGGGCCUGAGCCUCAGCAAGUCCAGUUUAUUUUUUCCAUCAGCAAUCAGCAUGGUGGCACUUUGUAUGGGAUCUGCUUCAAUAUUACAAUUCUUCCUGUGGACAAUCAAGCCCCAGAGGUUUUUACAAGCCAUCUGAGAGUGGAAGAGGGUGGCCUGAGCCCUGUCACAGAAGGACACAUUCUCAUCUCUGACGUGGACACGAAACGGGAGCAUCUCCUCCUCCUCCUGCAGAGACAGCCUCAGCAUGGGGCGGUGGAGCUGGAUGGCAUUCCCAUGAAUGAAGGCGACAGGCUUUCCUGGGGGCACUUGCACACCCUGGCAGUCAGGUAUCGGCAUGACGGCUCUGAGACUCUCACUGAUGAUGUCCUUUUUGCAGCCACAGAUGGCAUCCACUUUGUAGAGUUUAUUCUGCAGAUCACGGUGUUGCCUGUGAAUGAUGAACCACCUGUUAUGCGAACAGGCCUUGUUCCUGUGCUCCACUGCCUGGAGGGUGAAGAAGUGGUCCUCUCCUCAAAGUACAUUUAUGCCACAGACGCAGACAGUGAUGACAUGAAACUGAUGUUUAUACUGGCUCGCCAGCCCUACCACGGGGUAGUGAGGAAAGCUGGCAUCGCUGUGGAUCGUUUCUCCCAAGCUGAUGUCAUCUCUGGUUUAGUCACGUAUAAGCACACUAGUGGGGAGAUUGGCCUGACUCCUUCUACUGACAUCUUAACCUUCAUUGUCUCUGAUGGUGAGGCUGGCCUAGAUGUGAAAGACUGCUGUUAUGAUGGACCUCUUCCUCCUCCAGUUCCUCUUCAUGAUCCAUUUCCAGUAUAUGACCUUAACAUCACUAUACUUCCAGUGGACAAUCAGCCUCCAUCAAUUGCAACCGGUGCAAGGUUUGUGGUGGAGGAGGGCUCCUCAGCAGCCCUUACCACCAACCAUUUGUUUGCCACUGACCCUGACACCACUGCAGAUGACUUAGAGUUUGUUUUGGUUUCUCCUCCCCAGUUUGGUUACAUUGAAAAUAUACUGCCUUCUCCUGGGUUUGAGAAGAGCAACAUUGGUAUAAGUAUUGCUUCAUUUCAGCUGAAGCAUCUGAAAGCCCUGAACAUAAACUAUGUACAAGCCAGGCACGUGCGAAUGGAGCCAACAGCAGAUCACUUUGUACUUUAUGUCACUGAUGGGCUGCAUCGCUCAGCAGAGACUCCAUUUUUCGUGCUGAUCAACCCAACCAAUGAUGAAGUCCCAGAAUUCAUAGCAAGGAAUAUUACUGUUCAUGAGGGUGAGACAAAAGAGCUGGAUCUCUCUGUUAUCAAUGCGGUUGAUCUAGAUGUGCCUCAAGACCAUUUGGUAUUUGGGGUUGUGCAGAGGCCUUGGUACGGGUUCCUUAUUAAUGGAGUUCAUGGCUAUGAUAUUCUACACUAUAAACAGUUAAUAAACCACGACCACCACAGCCAUGAGUUGUUUGUUCAUGACUUUUCCAUGGAGCAACUGAAGAAUGGAAUGAAGCUGAUGUACAUGCAUGACAAUUCGGAAAACCUCACUGACAGCUUUAAAAUCCAGUUAUCAGAUGGGAAACAUAAAGUCCUCAGAACCAUUUCAGUAAAGGUCAUUCCAGUUAAUGAUGAGAAACCAGUGCUGAGCAAGAAGGAUGACAUAGAGGUGAACAUGGGUGAAACUCGAAUCAUUUCUAGUGCUGUUCUGUCAGCAGAAGAUAAAGAUACCCCCAGGGAGAGAAUUUACUACUUAUUUGAAAGACUUCCAGAAAAUGGUCAGCUUCAGCUCAAGGUCGGCCAAGGCUGGAUGACUCUCCAAACAGGAAUGAAGUGCACUCAGGAAGAACUGGAUAUGAACCUUGUGAGAUAUGUCCAUACAGGAGCUGUAGGGUCCAAAAGCCAAGACAGCUUCACAUUUUAUCUUUGGGAUGGGUACAACAGAUCCCCAGCUAUGGACUUCUACAUAAAUAUCAAGGACAUGGAAAAGGGAGACAUUGCUGUUUUCAUAAAACCUCUUAGAGUGCCAAAAGGGGAUCGGGGCUAUAUUACAACCAAUGUCCUCCUUGCACUGGAUGGUAGUGACAAGCCAGAGGAGCUCCUCUAUGUGAUAACCUCCCCACCCCAGUAUGGACGAAUAGAGUAUGUCAGCUAUCCUGGCAUCCCCAUUACAAGCUUCAGUCAAAUGGAUGUAGCAAGACAGAUAGUUUGCUAUGUUCACAACACAAAAGCAGUUGUUCCUGAAGAUACAUUCAGAUUCAUCAUCAGCAAUGGACUGAGGACUAAGCAUGGGACAUUCAUGAUCUCCUUGGAGGCAGUCGACCAAGCUUUGCCCACACUAUCUAGGAACAUGGGGUUAAGAUUAGUGGAAGGUGCUAUAGCACUCCUUUCUCCUGAUGUCCUGCAGCUUUCAGACCCAGACACUGCCAAAGAAAACCUUACCUUCCUCUUGGCUCAUCUUCCCCAAUACGGUCAUCUCUAUUACCGAGGGGCUGUGCUACUGCAGUACAAUUUCACCCAGCAAGAUGUGGACAACAGGGAUGUUGCAUACAAGCACCGAGGUGGGGAUUCCCAGACUGACAGAUUUACAUUUGUUGCAACAGAUAGGACUAAUCAAGGAUUCAUCGUGAAUGGGAGGGUGCAGAACGAGCCAGUGGCAUUCACCAUUCAGGUGGAUCAUUUGGACAACAUGGCACCAAAAAUUCUUCAUCUCCGUUGCUUUUCUGAUGUGGAACUGCUGAAGAAUGGCAAUUACGGGAUCUAUAUUACUGCCAGGUCCCUGAAGGCAUCUGACCCCAAUACAGAAGAUGACAACAUAAUUUUUAAGAUUUUACAAGGUCCUCAUUAUGGCUACCUGGAAAAUAUAACAACAGGUGGAUUUAUUCGGGAAGGGUUUAGCCAAAAGGAUUUAAACAGCAAAAUCAUACUUUAUGUCAUCAAUCCUUCGCAGGAAGUGAAUUCAGACAACGUAGAGUUUCAGGUCACAGAUGCCAGUGGAAACUCGGCGGUGCCCCAAAGGCUGGAGCUACGGUGGUCUCGGAUUGAAAUGCAACAGACGGAAUAUGAAGUGUGUGAGAGCGUGGGGGUGGUGUCUCUGAAAAUCACCAGGGCAGGACACUCUGCAGAUUCUGCCUUUAUUGCUGUGAAGGUCAACGAAAUAUCUGCUAUUCUGGGAAAGGACUUUACAGUGACUCCGUCCAAGCUUCUUCAGUUUGAUCCAGGAAUGUCAACCAAGACGUGGAAUAUAGCAAUUACCUAUGACGGAUUAGAGGAAGAUGAUGAAGUCUUUGAAGUAGUUCUGAACUCCCCUGUGAAUGCUGUUCUUGGCACCCGGACAAAAGCCGUAGUGAAAAUUUUGGACUCAAAAGGAGGUCAGUGCAGCUAUUCCCAUUCUUCUGGCCAAAGCAAGCACGACUUCUGGGGGAGAGGCACGCUGUUUCCAGUUUCCUCAGGCUCCUCACCACCUUCCAGGCCUGGCAAUGCUCCCUUGGAAGGGAUCCCACCGCCUCCUUCCAAAGGGAUGAGAGAGCACGGAGGGGACCCACGGCAGGAACACAGCCUGGCGAAUCGGUCAAGAACCAGGCUGAGAGUGACUGGAAAUGGCAGAAUAGUUCAUCCUUCAUCUGUAUUUAGAAAUGGAACUGAUGUGGUUUUCAAAUAUCACGGGAUGGUAUCACUCAAAGUAGAGAAUGACACCUCAUCAGCUAAAGCAAACAAGAAGGCUGAAGUGUCAGUAAUUAGCCAAGCACAACCACAGAUAAAUGUCGUCUCCUCUAGGAAGACAGAAAUCCCACAAGCUGAUAAGGCAGAACUAGCAUCUGAACCAAGCUCAAGACAUCAGGACUUUUACUCUUUCCCAAAGGCCUGUACACCAGAUUUAAAGGGCCUCUUACAUUACGAAGAAAGCACUCAAAAGUUAUUCCAGUGUGAUGGGAUGAUAUGGAAAUUCUGGAAUUCCCAAAGCAAGGAAGUAAGCACGAAGAAAUGUCCCUCCGGAUGGAGUCAUCAUGAGGGCAGCUGCUACUUCCUGGUAGUGAAUCACAAGGUCACCUGGAACAUUGCUGCUCGGGCUUGCAGAGAACAAUACCUGGGGAGUCUGGCAAGUGUGGCUAAUGAACAACACAUGCAGUGGCUGUGGGACUUCAGUGGGAGGAAGCCCUUUUGGAUAGGCUUGAAUGACCAAGUCAAUCCUGGACAUUGGGAGUGGAAUGGAGGAGAACCUGUAACCUACAUGAACUGGAGAAGAGGCUCCUACCACUUUCCAAAGAGAGGAAGAAAUUGCGUAUUGGUGCAGAAGCGAGGAAAAUGGCAAGCAGCUGACUGCAGGAAGGCCAAAUGGAACAGCUAUGUAUGUUCAAGAAAGCUGUAAAGCAUGGAGGAUCCCUGUGAAAGCACAUGGACAUUCGUGUUGUUUCAGUCUUAUUUAUCUGCAGACACGUGAUGGUGUGCAAUUAAAAAGUGUCCUAAUUAUCAGCAAGGUUUAUUUUAUAUGCUGCCAGAGAUGCAGGUGCGUUGGACUCUAACCAAGGAAUAGAGGUCAGUUGCAAAGAUUAAGUCCACAUUAAGGUUUUGAACUCUCCCCAAAUACUUUGAUCUGUCACUUGCUCGUAUGUAUUUUUACACCAAAGAGCUAGGCCUAAAGGCUUUUAUCACAUUUCUGUGUAAAAAUACUAUUUUAUUUUUUUUAAAGAAAGCAGCACAUCAGUUGAUUUGCUUCACUCUUAAGGAGGGGUUGUGAAUUGGCUGUUGCUUUAAUUUAUUUGCAGUAGAAACUGUAGUUUUACCCUGCAGUCACAAAAACAGGAAGACUGGCUGGGGUGGAAAUGAGGGCAGACUCUGCUGGCUAAAACCAGGUCCUCUUGGGUGACAAGGGGAGGGACAUUAUGUCAGGAGACUGCGGCUUCUUUGGUGGAAGUACAAUGUCUUACGAAAAUACCAACGGCAGGUUUUAGUGACAGAGGAGCCAAGCCUUGUAUUUCUUUUUCUACCUCCCAAGGCCAGCAGAUCCUGGCCUAAUGGAUCUGCUCACACAGUGCUGUAUAUUGAUUCACAUUCCUAACCAAGAUUGUUCAAUGUUUUUUGGAGUUGCAGGAUGGUGCUGUAAUUUUUAGUGUAAUUAAAUAAUCAGACCUCUUCAAUCUAAUACUAUACCAAAGGAUGAUUUAUACAAAAAAAAAUAAUACUGAAGAUUAAUCCUAGAAUAUUAUCUUGGGAUAUUCAGUGAUACAUGAACAUCAAUAGGAUUUACAUGUGUGUAUAAACCAAUGUAAUCGUGAGACAUAUUUUGUACUAAAGCAGCUAUGGCUUUUGAAAAGUAUUAAUCUAAGUACUUAUUAGGGCUUAGAGGUUUUUAAAAAUAAUAACUAAAAAUCCAGAUUUAGUUCUGAGAAAGGCUUAAAAAUCAGCAUUUAAUAUGCAAAAAAAGCUGUCCAUAACUUAAUUUUAACUUAUUUUAAAUAUAUGCUGUUGCAGAGGUACCAUUUGAUAACAUUACAGUAAAUUCAUAUUUUGACCUAUCAAAAAUCUUGCUUUAGGAUCUUCUUACUGCUGGCCUUAAAAUAAAAAUAAUAAAAAAAAAGAAACAAGUCAUAAUCUUCCUAAAAAAAAAUAUUAAAAAUUAAAGCUCCUCUCAAACCCUCCCUUUGCCCAUGAUGAGUGUGUGACAGUUGGCAUGGCACUGGGUAGGCUGAAUUUGCCCUGUACCUUACGAACUCUCAUCCCUCCCAUCUGCCUGCCUGCUGCCAGCAGUUGAUUCUCCCCUUGCCCCCAGUCAGCUCAUCUACCCAGCCUCUGGACCGAUUGCAUCUGUACGCUAUUUCACCAGAGGUGCAAAACCUCCCUCUGGGAUUCCUCACAGCAAUUUCUCAGUCCUGCGAGAGACGGAUGCAGCUGAAUCACCUCUGCUCUCUGGGCCAAGGGACACUGUUUCCGGGAUUAUUUAUCCCUUCUCCUUGCCUUUGGCAUGCAUAGGUUAUUUAUCCUUCCUCCUUGCCGGUGACAUGUUAAAUGAAUAUGCAUGUGACUAGCUGGAUAGGCUUUGUAUACGGAAGAGAACCUUUCUGAGAGCACUGUUGCAGAUAAGCAGAAGUGCAUUGCAAAAAUAGGGAAGAAUACUGUGGACAGAACCUCCUCGCCCUUAUUGUUGGUAUCAACGGACACAGACAAAAAUAU